UAUGGAAAUGACCAAGAGAGAUGAUGGAAAUUCUCGGAAAGAAAUGCUAAGACAAAACCAAAGAAACAGAAAACAAUGAAAAAUCUAUAGAAAGUUAGAAACCCCCUUCCCCAUGCGAUUUUGAUACCGAAGGCGGAAAUCAUUUUAAUUGGUGCCGUGUCUGUCUGUAAAAACUGUUUCGUUUCUUCAUAGGUUUCAAGUUACAGAGAGAUGGCUGGGUUACUUGCUUGGGCAGCAGAUGUAGUAGGAGGAAGUGGUCAGGGUAAUGAUGAAGACGAUAAUAAUGGUAAUCAAUUUCCUGAAGUUGUGUUUACUCCCGAUCAACAAAAAUAUGCUAGAGAAUUAGAACAAAAGGCUAUUGUACUCAAACGAUCGAUCCAAGAUCUACGUCUUAGAAUCCCUCCACCUAACAUUUCUCAAAGCCUUCCACAUCUUCAUGCCCAUUCCCUUGCUUCAAAUGCUGCUCUUGCCCUCCAAUUGAACGCCCAUUCCACUACCCGUGAACAGAUACAAUUCAGAGAAAUUACACUGCAAGAAGAAAAUGCUGCAUAUGAAAAGGCUAUAUUGAGCUGUGAAAAGAAAAUGCAGGAAAAGUUGCAGGAAGCAGAUCUAGUUCAGAUGAAGAUACAGGAAAUUGACACCAGUGUGGAGAAUUUGAAAAUGGAGCUGGAAAACCUGCAAGCUGCAUUAGAGGUGAACCAAUCCAGUACAUCAUCAGAUGGUUUGAAAAUAAGAGAUGAAGCUGAUGCAGAUGUAGAAGCCUUAAAAUCUGCUAUACUAGACAAGCUCGACGAUAAAAGAAAUGAGCUGAAUUCUGUGGAAGAUAUGGUUCAAGACUUGGAGAAGAAAUGGGCACAAGUGCAGCAUGACUCUUUGAGGCAGCCUUCACCAGCUCAGAGAGAGAAGGUAUUAGACAAACAACUUCACAGCCUUAUUGAGCAGCUGGCAGCUAAGCAAUCACAAGCCGAAAGCCUUGUUACUGAAAACCAUGUUAUGGAGCAAGAGCUCGAGAGAUUAAAUGUUCAGCGGAGGAGACACGAGAAUGGAAACGAUGAUUUAAAUACAGCAAGGAAUCGCUCAGUAAGAAGUUUCUCUGCAAGAGGUUCUUUCUCUUCUGCAGAUUACAUUAUAGACACACAGUUAAAACCGACCUACAUGGGAGCACGGACUGAAAGCCAACGGAGGGUUAUGUUACUUAGGUCAGCGUUUGUGCUUUACAUUUUAAUUCUCCAUAUCUUGGUUUUCAUCAAAAUUUCAUUCUGAUUUUUGAUUCAGUCUGAAACUUCACCAAAACCAAAUACUUGUGACAAUGCUCCAUAUAUUAUCAUACCUUUUUGUAAUAAAGUUUGGCAGCUUCCUCGAUGUACAG